UCUCUCUCCUCAUUCGGCUUUGCCGCCUCAUCCCUAAAGGAACCUCGCUGCUCCUUCUUCCUUGUCAGGCCUUAAUUUUUUUGCCCCUACCUCACCCUCUGCUGCCAUCACCCCCAUUUCUGAUAGUAUUCAACUUUGCUUUUGCCCCUUCCUCCUUUACUCAACACUUGUGCCUUCCCGCUUUCUAGAUCUUGCAUCAUGAAGCUGACAGAGGAGUCCCUGAGUAGUUUCCAGGUAGCCAAGGUGUUCCACGAGAACUCAGACAAGAUCAACUGCUUCGAUUAUAGUCCCAAUGGGCAGGCAGUCGUCUCUAGCAGUGAUGACGAUUCCAUUGUCCUGUAUGAUUGUAGAGAGGGCCGACCCCAGAGAACUCUGUACAGCAAGAAAUAUGGAGUGGAUAUUGUCAAAUACACUCAUGCCCUGGAUACUGCUUUGUGCAGCUCCAACAAAAUAGAUGACACUAUCCGUUACCUGUCCUUGCAAUACAAUAAAUACAUCCGAUACUUUCCAGGCCAUGACAAGAGGGUGGUAUCCUUAUCUAUGUCACCAGUUGAUGAAACAUUUAUCUCCGCAUCUUUGGAUAAAACCAUCCGACUCUGGGAUCUCCGAGUCCCUAACUGUCAGGGCUUAAUGUCUCUUCAGGGAAAGCCACUUUGUGCUUUUGGCCCAGAGGGAAUCAUUUUUGCUGCUGGGGUAAAUUCUGAAAUUGUGAAACUUUAUGAUCUUCGAUCUUUUGAUAAGGGUCCAUUUUCAAACUUCAAGAUGCAGCCGGACAAGACCUGUGAGUGGACAGGUCUAAAAUUCAGCAAUAAUGGCAAACGCAUCCUCAUAACUACCAAUGGCAACUUUAUCCAUCUAAUUGAUUCAUUUAAUGGAGUAGUGGUACAUUCUUUCAGAGGAUAUAACAACAACAAAGCUGAUGCUGUGGAGGGCUGUUUCACUCCAGAUUCUCAGUUUAUCAUGACUGGCUCUGACAAUGGCAAGAUUCAUGUCUGGAAUGGAGAAAGUGGAAUAAAGAUGGCUGUGUUAAAUGGAAUACAUAGUGGCCCUAUAACCUGUUUGCAAUUCAACCCCAAAUUCAUGACUUUUGCCAGUACCUGUUCCAAGAUGGUGUUCUGGCUGCCCACCAUUGAUGACUCAUAA